AUGGCUUCUCACCUCCUCUCAAAUCACAUUGCCAAGCCUCCCACGCCCCCUCUGACCCCCAAGUCCAACUCGCUCGACAAGCUCGCGCUCGGAGAAGAGAUGAUGAAGACUCGCCCCAAGGCCCAUCGUGAGCAGAGCGUGCUGCGUCUGCGCGCUCAGCUCGACUCGCUCCCGACCCCCCUGCUCAAGCACGGUCUCCUCUCGCGCACCCGUCGCGAGGACCCCGAGCUCUUCUUCUCGGUUGUCCAGGCCGACCUCGUCAACCUUGCCCCCAUUGUCUACACCCCCACCGUCGGAGAGGCUUGCCAGAAGUACUCUCACGUCUACUCUGGACCCGAGGGUCUCUACAUCAACAUUGACGACAAGGACUCGCUCCGCGAGAUCCUCGCCGAGUACGAUGCCACCCUUGACGCCGCCCACAAGCCCAAGAUCAUUGUCGUCACUGACGGAUCUCGUAUCCUCGGUCUUGGUGACCUUGGUCUCGGUGGAAUGGGUAUCUCGGUUGGAAAACUCAACCUCUACGUCGCCGGUGGUGGUAUCCGCCCGAUGGGAUGUCUCCCCAUUGUUCUUGACAUUGUGGCUGACGAGAACAGCAUGGGAACAAAUAACGAGAGCCUGCGUGAGGACCCCCUCUACCUUGGUCUGAGGAGGCCUCGCGUUGAGCUCAAGGAGGCUAGAGAGUUCAUGGAUGAGUUCAUGGGAGCGGUUAGUGCCCAGUGGCCCAAGACUGUCAUCCAGCACGAGGACUUCUACUCGGAGGCUGCCUUCGACUUCCUUGACGGCUACCAGAACGAGUACCGCAUGUUCAACGAUGACAUCCAGGGCACUGGCUCUGUCAUCCUCGGUGGAUUCCUCACUGCCGCCCAGCGCGCCAGCGAGGCUUCCGGCCGCCCCCUCACCGACCACAAGGUCGUCUUCCUCGGCGGUGGCUCCGCCGCUGUUGGUGUCGCCAAGGAGAUGAUGAACUUCUUCCGCAUGCAGGGGUCUCAUCACCUCUACCCCGCCCACAAGGAGUACUUCAUCCGCAAGGACACUGAGGGCCAGGAGUUCAAGACCCUCGCCGAGGUCGUCGACUACGUCCAGCCCACCGCCCUCGUUGGUCUCUCCACCACUUUCGGUGCUUUCCCCGAGGAGAUCGUCCGCAAGAUGGCCGACCUCAACGCCGCCCCCAUCAUCUUCCCUCUCUCCAACCCUACCUCCAAGUGCGAGCUCGCUUUCGAGGACGCUCUCAAGUGGACCAACGGCACUGUUCUCUUCGCUUCUGGAUCGCCCUACCCGCCCACCGAGUACGAGGGCAAGCUCUAUGAGCCUGGACAGGGCAAUAAUUUCUUGGUCUUCCCAGGCAUUGGCUUUGGCAGCAUCUUCUGCGACGCGGACCGCAUCACGGACGGCAUGAUCACGGCCGCGGCGAUCGGCCUGUCGCGUUCUCUGACCGAGGACGAGCAGCAGCACCAGCUGCUGUACCCGCGCCUGACGCGUAUCCGCGACGUGUCUGCCGAGGUUGCGCUCGCCGUUGUGCGCGCUGCGCAGAAGGACGGUGUCGACCAGAACGUCGCCCUCAGGGAUCUCGACGACGACCAGCUCCUCGCCAAGAUCAAGCAGACGCAGUGGAGCCCGUACGAGGACGAGGAGGUCAAGAGCAACCUUUAA